AUGGAUGGAAGACGAGCUGCAUCCGCGCCUCCCAAGAAGCGCGUCAGAAAGCCUCGAGGCCGUGGUCUGCGCACCAAAACGGGCUGCUUGACUUGUCGUGAGCGACACAAAAAAUGCGACGAACAGCAACCGGUCUGUGGGCCGUGCAGCAUCUCGUCUCGUCACUGCGUCUUUCCCCGUCUGUCUCAGGACGCGGGCAGAAGAGCAAGCCCAGCUGCUUCACAUAACGACCGCCCGACCGCGCGUCUCGGAGACGAUGGCAGUCAUUCCCGCGUCGAUGAGCUCCCACAAUCGAUCGGCUCGACAGGGUCCAUCAGCCUCGAGUCGCAGACGUCGAUGCAGCACGUCUCCCAGCCUCCCGGGACGUAUGACGCAGCCCAUGCGCCCUACGUGAGCCAGCCGCGCGUAUCGGCGGGAGUGACGUUCGGCGACGUGUACAGCUACUCUCCCGAGACCGUCGCAUCCGAGCUUUGGACCACCGAUCUCGCCUCGACGCGAUGGCUCGGUCUGCUCGCCACCGACGCGGCGCAGGCAGACAGCGGCUUUUCUCUCGCGCCGAGCCCCGCCCCGGAGGAUGAGGAGCAGAGGCGGGCGGCGGACCUGCAUGGCCCGCCCGAUGCAACCAAUCUCGAGUCCCGGCUUAACGAGGUAUCAGAUCCAGAGCGGAAGACUUGGCAGGCGGAUCGGGACAUCUUACUGUCCAACCGGGAGGCUGUACUCUUUCGUCACUUUACGGAACGAUCGGCUCGCUGGUUGGACUUCUUGGAUCCGCAGAAGCUCUUCUCCACCUACGCAGUCCGGUUGGCUUUGAGAAAUGCAGGUCUCAUGAAUGCAAUCUUGGCGUUAUCGGCUAAGCACCUCUCAAAACUGGAAGGAGGAGGCCACCGGAACUCCAACGUGAGCAAUGGAGACACGGGGGAGGAUUCCGGUGGAGAAUGGGUUCGAUACUAUUACGAAACCCUCCGCUAUGUACAAGAGGCAUUGACGUAUACCAGCUAUACUGCUUCAGAAGAGCUCAAUGCCACGGCCAUUGUCAUCUCAGCGUACGAGAUGCUGGACGAAUCAGACGGCAGAGGCAACUGGCAACGACACUUGAAGGGCGUCUUCUGGAUCCAACGAUCUCAAGACGUCAACGGGGCGUCCGGCGGACUGCGACAAGCGGUCUGGUGGGCCUGGCUCCGCCAGGAUAUUUGGGCUGCUUUUCACUUCUCUGAGCUUGAUCCGCACGGUCUAGCUGACAGAGCUAUUUACCUGCUAUCGCGAGCCGUCAACUACUGCGCCUAUUCGCGACUGAUGGAGUCUUCCUCCUUGACUGAAGUUUCAGCUUCGGGGAAUAGAGCAAGGGCCGGAAGCGAAAUGCUAGCUGAGAUGGAGCGAUGGAAGUCGUUUCUGGGAACUGAGUUCAAGCCCCUCCCAACUUCAGCAAGUCCGUCUGAUGUGUUUAAGCCGCUUUGGAUUCACCCACCCGAAUUCGGAGUUGCUCUCCAGGCUUACUCAUUCGCAAAGAUACUCGUUCUUCUUCAUAAGCCAGUGUCAUCUGGGUUUGACGGGUAUAUGAAGAUGCAACGAUCGCUCUCAGAGGCCGUAGAUACGAUUUGUGGUGUCGCAAUGGAGUCGACAGAUGAGGGCUGCCAAUUACUCUCAGCACAGUGUCUGUACGGGGCGGGGUUGUGUGUACAAGACUCGCUAAAGAGAAAUACUAUUCUCUCUCUGAUUGAGAGAAGCGAAGAAAGAGUCGGAUGGACGCCGAUGGCGACAUGGCGGGAUGACCUGAGGAAGGCAUGGGCAAAUGCUGAUAGUCAAAGUCCGGACGUAGUGCGUUGA